AAGAUUAUUUGGUGCUUCAGUACAUGGAAGAUGCGCUUGGUUCCACCCUUGACUCCUUGAGCCUCCACUGUCCUUCAACCUCAGGCAUAGUCGUCCCUUCCCCUUCUCAGCUUCUCACUCCACUCCGAGCAAACACCGCGACGAUUCUCCACGACAAACAGCAACCCGACUCACAGAAGGUACCCUGCAUGCUGGGGAAGACAAAUAGAUGUUGGCUGUCAUGUGAAAAUGCUUUGCAGUCAGGAUUUUGCUUGAAAGAAGAUGAAUGGUGAGUCUAGUAGUUAUGAUAAGGUGGAGAGCCUGUUACAAGGUGGAAGUUCAGAACCACACAAUGUGCCACUAGAGUAUUUGAGAAACAUCACAAACAACUUCUCUAAUGAGCUACUGCUUGGUGAAGGUGGUUUUGGCACGGUAUAUAAAGGAGUGCUACAAAAUGGGGAAACGAUUGCCGUGAAGAAACUUAAGUUGUCAAUACCAGGAGUUCAGGAUAGGCAAUUUGAGAAUGAAGCCAGUCAUCUUAUGAGGCUUAAACACCCAAAUGUAGUGCUACUUGUAGGCUGGUGUUCUGAAACACAGUAUAUACCUAUGGAGUUCAACGGAACAUACGUCUGCGCUGAGAAGCCAGAAAGGUUGCUUUGCUUGGAGUACAUGCCUAAAGGAAAUCUUCGUGGGUUUCUUUCAGAUGAAUCUUCUGGACUUGGUUGGGACACACGCUACAAAAUAAUUCAGGGUAUCUGUUAUGGUUUACGUUAUCUCCAUGAGGAAUGGCAACUUAAUGCCCCUAUUGUUCACAUGGAUCUGAAGCCAGCAAACAUAUUGCUCGAUAACAAUAUGGUGCCGAAAAUUGCAGACUUUGGCUUGUCCAGACUCUUCAGUGAGGAGAAAACUUGGACCUGCACAAUAAGUCGCAAUGGAACAUUGGGUUACAUGUCCCCAGAAUACAUAAACAAGGGUAUAGUCUCAACAAAGUCGGACAUAUUCAGUUUGGGUGUAAUAAUCAUAGAGAUAGUGACAGGACACAGAGACUACCCAGAUGAUACUGGAACACCUUCCGAGGAAUUUAUUGAGAUAGUACUGCAUAACUGGAGUCAGAGAAACAUGAUAAAAAAAUUAUCUGGGGUAUCACUAGAGGUUGAUUAUCAACAAAUAAGAAGAUGCAUUCAGAUUGGUCUAGACUGUGUGAAAAUUGAUCGGUCCAAAAGGCUAACAAUAAGUCAAAUUAUCAAGGCACUCCACAGACCGGAAAGUGCAGAUCCCAGCAAUAUAAAAGGGGUAGAUCGACAUCAAUCUGAACAGAGGCAGAAGAAGACUGCUUUACUGAGGAUUCGGGUUAUCUUUACCACUGUGGUCUUUGUUGUCCUGUUGAAAAAACGAGGAAUUUCACAGGAAUCAUGCAUGAAUUUCAAAGAAAUCAGUUCAAUUUCACAGAAAAAAUGCAGGAAUAGAAAAAAGUUUCCGGGUUCCAAACAGGCCCCUAGUCCACCCCUCCAUUCUCCAGCAGCACCGAGCAACACCUCCGGCCUUCUACCUACAGAUCGGAUGGACAGCCUCUUCUCCCCACGAUGUGUGUGGGUGGACGGCCCCAUCAUCGUGGGCGCGGGUCCCUCGGGCCUUGCCGUGGCGGCGUGCCUGCAGGAGCAGGGCGUCCCCUACGUCAUCCUGGAGCGCGCCAACUGCAUCGCCCCACUGUGGCAGAAGCGCACGUACAACCGCCUGAAGCUACACCUGCCCAAGCAGUUUCACGAGCUGCCAAGGAUGGCGUUCCCGGACCACUACCCGAAGUACCCCGCCCGCCGCCAGUUCAUCGACUACUUCGAGCACUACGCUGCCAAGUUCGAGAUCAAGCCCGAGUUCAGCACCACCGUGCUGUCGGCACACUACGACAAUACCAGCGGACUCUGGCGCGUCGCCACCACCUCCUCAUCCUCGUCAGCGCCCGCCAACGGCGGUGGCGACAUGGAGUACAUCAGCCGCUGGCUCGUCGUCGCCAUGGGUGUGAACGCCGACACUGUCGUGCCGGACAUCUCUGGACUUGACGCCUUCGACGGCAAGGUCACCCACGUCAGCAACUACAAGUCCGGCGAGGCCUACACCGGCAAGCGCGUGCUCGUUGUGGGGUGCGGGAAUUCUGGGAUGGAGGUGUUGCUCGACCUCUUCAACCAUGGCGCCCGCCCGGCCAUGGUCGUGGGCGACGCCGUGCACGUCCUUCCCCAUAAGGUGCUCGGCAAGUUCACCUUCGAGCUCGCCAUGCUCCUCAUGCGCUGGCUCCCGAUUUGGAUUGUCGACAAGAUCAUGGUGCUCCUCGCCUGGCUCGUCCACGGCAACCUCGGCAAGCUUGGCCUCCACCGCCCCGCCACCGGCCCGUUCAAGCUCAUGGAGAAGCAUGGCCGCACCCCGGUGCUCGACUACGGUGCACUCGCGUGCAUCCGUGCCGGUGACAUCGCCAUCGUCCCUGCUGUCACACGUUUCGGCAAGGGCGGCCAGGUUGAGCUCACCGACGGCCGCACGCUCAACUUCGACGCCGUCAUCCUCGCCAGCAACGUGCCACAGUGGCUCCAGGGUAACGAUUUCUUCAACAAAGACGGGUACCCCAAGACUGCUUUCCCCCACGGGUGGAAGGGUCAGUCUGGGCUCUACGCCAUCGAUUUCACCCGGCGUGCUCUCUCUGGCACCUUUGCCGAUGCCGUGCGCAUUGCCAAGGACCUCGGCAACAUCUGGAGGGGGGAGACCAAGCCCAGAAAGAGAGCCGGCGCCUGUGGCAGGCGCUGCAUCUCAGUCUUCUGGUAAUCUGAUCCAUGGAGCCACCCGCGAAGGAAGCUAACUUACUGAAGCACACACAGAGACACAUACAGCUGUUCGUUCGUGGUGUUUUAGUAAGUCAGAUCAAUCCCCUUAGUUUGUUGUUGAUUUGUUCUUUAAUUUGCCUGCCAGGUACAUUACUAGUCUAUAUCUAUAUCUAUAUUUCUACCUAUAAUAAUAACGAUAAUAAUAAAGAGGCAAAAUUUUCUCCUA